AUGCUCCAACAACCAUCCCGAACCGUCGGCCACACCGAACGCAGCUGGUGCCACGCCGUCUGCGGUGGCACCGGCAUCGCCGUCGUCGUCCUCCGAACCUCCAAGCCUCCCAACAUCCCCCGUCUUCAAACCUCCCUCCGGACCCUCCAAACCUCCCACCCCAUCCUCAGGUCCCGACUCGUUCACAACAACAACACAUUCUCCUUCCUCACUUCCCCCACCCCCUCCCUCACCCUAACCUCCCACACCCUCCCUUCUAACGUCACCGACCCCCUCACCCAGAUCCUCGAACUCGAACUCAACCGCAACACGUGGCACGACUCAACCAACGACCAGGUCUUCUUUGGCACCGUCUACACCCUCCCCAACGCCAACACGUGGGUGGUAGCACUGAGACUCCAUGUCUCGGCGUGUGAUCGUACCACCGCGCUGUUACUUCUCAGGGAGUUACUUACUCUCAUGGAAAUGGAAGAAGAGCAUGGCGCUGGUCAAAACAGUGGCAAUCACAAAGAGGAACCUGGUUUGGCCAUUGAAGAUCUCGUGCCACGCGGCCAGGGCAAGAAGGCAGUAUGGACGCGCGGCCUGGACAUGCUGGCCUACUCCCUCAACUCUCUCAGACUCUCCAAUCUGAAGUUUCAUGACACCAAAAACCCCAGGUUUUCGCAGGCAGUUAGGUUGCAACUCAACCAAAACGACACCAAGAGAGUUCUUGCAGGUUGCAAGUUGAAUGGGAUAAAACUGUGUGGGGCAUUGGUUGCUGCUGGGUUAAUGGCUACCCAUUGCUCAAAACGAAGCUCCAAGAAGUAUGGGGUCGUCACCCUCACUGAUUGCCGAUCAAGUCUUGAAUCAACCCUCACUGAUAAUUUUGGAUUUUACCACUCUGCCAUUCUGAACACGCACGAGAUGAAGGGAGGGGAAAGGCUAUGGGAGCUAGCGAAGAGGACGUACGAAGCGUUCGCGGAGUCGAAGAAGUGCAAGAAGCACUUCGCGGACAUGGCGGAUUUGAACUUCCUCAUGUGCAGGGCAAUAGAGAACCCUAGCUUGACGGCGGCGGCGGCGCUGAGAACCUCCGUGAUGUCGGUGUUCGAGGAGACGGUGGUGGACAACGACGGCGCCAAGCAGCGCGAGAUCGGGGUGGAGGACUAUAUGGGGUGCGCCUCCGUGCACGGCGUGGGACCCUCCAUGGCGGUUUUCGACACGGUGAGGGACGGGAGCUUGGAUUGCGUGUGCGUGUACCCCGCGCCGUUGCACUCGCGGGAACAGAUGGUGGAGAUUGUUGGGAAGAUGAAGGGUUUCCUCGUUGAAGCUGCAAACGUACACAAGGAAUGA